AUGUCGCUUCUUCCGUACUCGAUGUCUCUUGCAAACUGCUCUUCUCUAGCAAUUUCACUUCCUACCGUUUUUGGAGCCAAGUUAUUGUCAUUGGAAGCAUAUCCUGUUCGGAACUAUUCAAAAUCUGUUUCAAUUGAAAGCAAUUUCAACCAUGACAGUCUCGAAGUCACUAAUAUCAGCGUCUGCAAUGUCACGGUGACUCAUACACAUCCAGGCCAAGGCGACACUCUAACCACACAGAUUUGGCUACCGGUUCAGCCUCAAUGGAACGAGCGAAUGCAAGCGAUAGGUGGAGGAGGCUGGUUAGCUGGAGCGUCAGAAUACCAAGAGCCAGGCAUGGCGGCCGCAGUUUUUGACGGCUACGCUGCGAUAACCACCGAUGGUGGAGUGCCCGGAGACGGCAUGAGUACCCCUUGGGCGUUGCUGAGCCCGGGUAACGUCAAUCUCUAUGCCCUUCAGAAUGUCGCAUCAGUCUCGUUGAACGAUGCGGCUUUGAUUGGGAAGAGCGUUAUUCAGAGCUUCUACGGCAAGCGACCGACGUUCUCCUAUUUCAGCGGAUGCUCACACGGUGGCCGCCAGGGCCUCAUGCUCGCACAACGGUAUCCCACAGCAUUUGAUGGCAUUGCUGCCUCUGCCCCGGGAGUCAAUUGGCCGAAUUUCUUCGUUGCGAAUUGGUUCCCUCAGCAGGUGAUGAAUGAGAUGAAACAAUAUCCACAUCCUUGCGAGCUGGAGGCGCUUACCAAAGCGGCGAUCAAAGCAUGUGAUCCGAACGACGGCCUGACGGACGGUCUGAUCUCAGACCCAGACUCAUGCCACUUUAAUCCGCAGACUCUCGUCGGAACGGGUCUGAAUUGCAGUGCCACGGGGGGACCGAAAGCAAUAUCAGAGGCGGCGGCGGCUGUAGCCAACGCGGCAUGGACUGGCGCCAGGAGCUCGAACGGUUCGAUGUUGUGGUACACGCUCGGAUACGAAGCGGACCUCACCACCAUGAUGAGCAUCGCUUCGACCAUGUGCUCGGAAGGCGGGAUGUGCAUGCCCGGAGAGCACAAUUCCCUAUUCUCGAGUUGGAUCCAGCAGUUUGUAAAGAAGGACGAGCACUUUGACCUGUCGAGCAUGUCGAGGUCGGACUACGAGCGGGUAUUCCGGGCCAGCGUUCGGGAGUAUGAGUCGAUCAUCGGCUCGAACUUCGCGGAUCUCUCGGAAUUUCGCGAGAGUGGAGGCAAGAUCAUUACGGUUCAUGGACUUGCGGAUGAGACGGUGCCAUACCAGAAUACACGGCACUACUACGACGCGGUAACAGCGCUGGAUCCCGAGGUCCACGACUUCUACCGUCUCUUCGAGUCUCCAGGUCUGGCACAUUGUGCCCCUGGCGCUGGUGCAUACCCAGCAGGCACUUUCAAGGCGUUGGUUGAAUGGGUGGAGCAUGGGGUCGCCCCUAGAACAUUGCUGGGGAAAUUUCAGAGAAGCCCGCAGGCGAACCAGACAAACCAGCAGCCAAAUGAGACGAGGAUUCUCUGUCCAUAUCCGCAGAGGGCUCGUUAUCUCGGCGGGGGGUCUGUGCGUUUCGCUUGCUCUUAG